UCCUCCGUCGGGCAGGCGCGCCGGGCGUGGACUCGGGACUAUCUCCUCUCCUCUCCGAGGUGGCGGUUUCCGCGGGAACCCGAUUGAGUAGCCAGGCAACUGCCUAGACCACGGCAGCUAAAACAAAACAAACGCGCUGAGCCAGCUGGCUUUCCGCUGUCCUUCCUGGCGACCGGCAGAUGUUUGAAGGGGACAGUUUGCCUCUGAGUCACUGACCGUCUCCCUGCUGCUAUUUAAACCCCUCAGAUUGGAGAUAGGCCUGCUCCGCCGGAGUUAUCUGGGUGCUGGGCCCGUGCCUCGCGUAGAGCCUGCUGGCAAGACCUCAGAGGAAGACACGCUCUUGCCUUGGACGGACGCCAGAGGCUGCGGCCGGUGAGAGCAGAGCGCCCGCCCGGUGGCCGGUGGCCGGUGGCCGGUGGCCGGGGCGAGCUCCGAGCGCUCUGUCCGGGAGUGCGGCAGGGAGAGAGGAGAAGCAGAACCACACGGGGAACAGGGCGGGAGCGCUUUCGGGAACCGGGGCUGCUGGACGCGGCCCCUCCGCGCUGCACGACGGGCGCUGGGCCAUGGAGUGAAACGUCACCCCGUCCCAGAAGCGACAGCGAAAUGGCCCAAGAAGUCAGUCUGGACUCCCUGCAGGAGCUGGAGCAGGAGGCGGUCCUCCGGGUGCUGCACCGGGACCGGGCGGUGCAGAGCAUCGAGGAGGAGCGGGUCCGGAAGCUGAAGGCGCACCUGCAGCAUCUCCGGUGGAAAGGCGGGAAGAGCCCAGGCCAGGGGCACCAGGAGAAGGCGUGUGCCCACUGCCGGCGGGCGCUGGGGCUGCUGCUGGACCGGGGCGCCGUGUGCCAGGGCUGCAGCCACUGCGUGUGCUCCAGGUGCCGCGUGUUCCUGAGCAGGACCCGCCUCUGGAGGUGCACCGUGUGCUACGAGGGCAGAAACGUGAGGAUAAAAUCCGGAGAAUGGUUCUUUGAGGAACGGGCCAAGAAAUUUCCAACUGAAGGCAGGCGCGAGACCGCCGGGGCUAAGCUCCUGCAAUCUUAUCAGAGACUGAGCAGCAAAAUUUCCGUGGUUCCUCCCACCCCACCUCCGCUCAGUGAGAGCUGGUGCAGUGGCAGCCCUGGCAGGUUACAGGAACUUGGUCAGUUUAAAGGAUUUAAUAAGUCCGUGGAAAAUUUGUUUCUGUCUGUUACCACCCACAUGAAAAAACUCUCCAAGUCCCAGAACGACAUGACCUCGGACAAGCAGCUCCUCAGCACGGGCCCCAGGCCGGGCGCCAGCCGGACGGAGCGGCGGAGCCAGAGUGACACGGCCAUCAACGCCACCACCAGGAAGGUCAGCGCACCCGAUAUCCUGAUGCCACUCAGCCAGGAGAGUCCCAAACGCGCUACCAACCCUGUUUCCAAGCAAGGAGGUCUCUCAGCACCCCCAGCGCCCAGCUCUUCAUUCUCAGGAGGCUCGAGGCGGGGAAGUUUAAUCAGCAUUAAUAGCACUUGCACGGAGAUUGGCAAUUUUGACAAUGCUGAUGUCACUGGAGAGAUAGAAUUUGCCAUUCGCUAUUGCUUCGAAACCCGUUCUUUGGAAAUAUGCAUCCAGGCCUGCAAGAACCUUGCUUACGGAGAGGAGAGGAAGAAGAAGUGCAACCCGUACGUGAAGACCUACCUGCUGCCUGACAGGUCGGCCCAGGGCAAACGCAAGACGGGAGUCCAGAGGAACACGGUGGACCCGACCUUCCAGGAGACCUUGAAGUACCAGGUGGAGCUCGCCCAGCUGGUGACCCGGCGGCUGCAGGUGUCCGUGUGGCACAUGGGCACGCUCACCCGGCGGGUGUUCCUUGGAGAAGUGAUCGUCCCUCUGGCCACGUGGGACUUUGAAGACAGCACCACACAGGCCUUGCGCUGGCACCCGCUGCGGGCCAAGUGACAUCUGGUCGGGCCUGGGGCCCGCUCCCACCGGGAGCGCUUUUCCGAGGGAUCCAAGAGGAGAGGACCCCCCCCCCCCAGGAAACCUUGGGCCCACGUGACUGUGCCACGGGCCAGGCGGUUCAAUAGCCGCGUGUGCCCUGGCCGCGUGUGCAGGUGGUGGGAGCAGCAUCCCAGUGCGCCCAGGUUGCAGGUUUGAGUCCAGUUGGCGCACAUACAAGUCUCAGCCAAUGAGCAUAACUAAGUGGAACAACAAUUCUCUCUCCCUCUUUCUCUCAAAUCAAUACAUUUAAAAUAAAGUAAACAGCAGCUUUCUAGGG